UCAUCUUCCCCAUCCUUCUUCCCUCUCCACAUAUAAUUUCUUCCUUCCUGUACAUCCUCUUUCUCUCCCCUCCCUUCCAUCACCCCCCAGUCCACCACAUCCCCCUCUGUCCCCCAUCAAUCUCCUUUCCCCUUGGUCACUCCCCAGCCCACCACAUCGCCUCCGCCCCCCUCCUCCUCCUUUUCCCCUUCCCUCCCUCCCACAUUUUCCAUCCCGGCCUGAGUUGCGGGGAGAGGGGUUCUCCCAGAGCGCCCUGGGCCGACCCCUGCGGACCUCGGAGGGCCCCAUCCUCCCGCCCCGCACCACCAUCCCGCCCCAAAGCGGGCCGGGGUGGGCGGAGUGGGAGGGGCGCGGCGGGUGGGGGCGGGGAACUUUACCUGGGAGUGGGCCAGGCCGUCAGCCCCGCCAGCCCUGCCAGCCUUGCCAGCCCCGCCAGCCCUGCCAGCCCCGCGAUGACUUGGGCCGCGCUGCUCGGCCUCCUGGCCGCUCUGUUGCUGCUGCUGCUACUGAGCCGCCGCCGCACGCGGCGACCCGGUGAGCCUCCGCUGGACCUGGGGAGCAUCCCCUGGUUGGGCUAUGCCUUGGACUUUGGAAAAGAUGCCGCCAGCUUCCUCACAAGGAUGAAGGAGAAGCACGGUGACAUAUUUACUAUACUGGUUGGGGGCAGGUAUGUCACCGUCCUCCUGGACCCACACUCCUACGACACGGUGGUGUGGGAGUCUCGCACCAGGCUCGACUUCCAUGCCUAUGCUGUCUUCCUCAUGGAGAGGAUUUUUGAUGUGCAGCUUCCACAUUACAGCCCCAGUGAUGAAAAGGCCAGGAUGAAACCGACUCUUCUCCACAGAGAGCUCCAGGCGCUCACAGAAGCCAUGUAUACGAACCUGCACACAGUGCUGUUGGGCGACGCUACGGAAGCGGGCAGUGGCUGGCAUGAGAUGGGUCUCCUUGACUUCUCCUACAGCUCCCUGCUCAGAGCCGGCUACCUGACUCUUUACGGAAUCGAGGCGCUGCCACGCACCCAUCAAAGCCAGGCCCAGGACCGCGUCCAUUCAGCUGAUGUCUUCCACACCUUCCGCCAGCUCGACCGGCUGCUCCCCAAACUGGCCCGCGGCUCCCUGUCAGUAGGGGACAAGGACCACAUGUGCAGUGUCAAAAGUCGCCUGUGGAAGCUGCUGUCCCCAGCCAGGCUGGCCACACGGGCCCACAGGAGCAAAUGGCUGGAGAGUUACCUGCUGCACUUGGAGGAGAUGGGUGUGUCAGAGGAGAUGCAGGCACGGGCCCUGGUGCUGCAGCUCUGGGCCACACAGGGGAAUAUGGGUCCUGCUGCUUUCUGGCUCCUGCUCUUCCUUCUCAAGAAUCCUGAAGCCCUGGCUGCUGUCCGCGGAGAGCUCGAGAGUAUCCUUUGGCAAGCAGAGCAGCCUGUCUCGCAGAUGACCACCCUCCCACAGAAGGUUCUAGAUGACACGCCUGUGCUUGACAGCGUGCUGAGUGAGAGCCUCAGGCUUACAGCUGCCCCCUUCAUCACGCGCGAGGUUGUGGUGGACCUGGCCAUGCCCAUGGCAGACGGGCGAGAAUUCAACCUGCGACGUGGUGACCGCCUUCUCCUCUUCCCCUUCCUGAGCCCCCAGAGAGACCCAGAAAUCUACACAGACCCAGAGGUAUUUAAAUACAACCGAUUCCUGAACCCUGACGGAUCAGAGAAGAAAGACUUUUACAAGGAUGGGAAACGGCUGAAGAAUUACAACAUGCCCUGGGGCGCGGGGCACAAUCACUGUCUGGGGAGGAGUUACGCAGUCAACAGCAUCAAACAAUUUGUGUUCCUCGUGCUGGUGCACUUGGACCUGGAGCUGAUCAACGCAGAUGUGGAGAUCCCUGAGUUUGACCUCAGCAGGUAUGGCUUCGGUCUGAUGCAGCCAGAACAUGACGUGCCCAUCCGCUACCGCAUCCGCCCAUGACAGGGAGCAGAUGGAUCCACGUGCUCGCCUCUGCUCAGCCUGCCCCAGCCUCCCAGCUUUCUGUGUGCACAGUUGGCUUGGGUGCAGGUGCUAGCAUUACCACUUCCCUGCUUUUCUCCCAGAAGACUGGGUCCAGAGGAGGGAAACGUUAAGAGAGGGUGAACAAAGAAAAGACAUUGAAAGCUCUAUGGAUUAUCCGCUGCAAAGUUCUUUCCAAAAUCAGGCUUUGUCUGUUCCCAACUCACCUCGUUCCUCUCACCUUGUGAUAUCCACAAAAGCUAUUCAGACAAGGCAGGACUAGGAAUCCUCACUGCUCUGUCCCCAACUCCUGGAGGGGUCACCUUCCCAAUUCUUAUCAGCUAGCAUGGCCCAGGCCUUAUCCAGUCAAAGCAGAUGCUGGCCACAGAAAGGCCAUUCAGGACCUAGCAGUCUAUCCACUGAUGUCAUUCAGCAGUCAGUCCCCCAAUCAUCCUUAAACCAGCUAAAGCCAAAGGAGUCCCUUAGAAGAUCUGCUUCCCUGGGGGCCCCAUUUGCCGGAUUGCCCCACUGCUCACACUACCUGAGAAAAUGCAGGAGAGCUUCCCCCAAGGCUGAUGCGUUCCCAGCACAGAACAGGGACACCCUCCAAACCCUGGGCUCUGAGGAGUGGAGUUCUCUGUUCUAGAGUGACAGGCACCAGAUGGGAUGGGCUUUCUCAGUGUCAGUACUCAGGUAGGGAGCUAAGGAAGACACAACCCAGAGAAGAUGGCUGGAAGGAGCCAGCCAGGACUCCUUAGACACGUCAAGCUAAAAAAGAAGGUGCCGAUUUCAUGCAUUCUAGUGCAGAAGCCCCAACUGUGGUCACGAUCCAGUCUGCAGACCUGUUUUAUUUGGACUGCACUUAAAGAAAAUACCUUAGUUGUUAUCAUCUUUGGGAGAGUUCAUUCAAAACGUCUCUUGAAAACUUGGUUUAUCUGACCACACUGGGCUCACAUUCCCAAGGGUAACUCUUGGCCAGACCUGAAUGGCAGCUGCCUCCCUUAUGUGGGACACGUGCUCUCAGCUUCACCAGAGUUCUGACCGGGUCUGCUUCUGCAUUCACAGCGCCUCCUGGCACUGAGGGCAUCUGAGUGUGAGACCCUGUUCUAACUCUUAGAAGUGACAUUGUAAGAGGUGGUGGGGACCAGCUAAUUGGUCCAACCCAGCCUGAGUGCACCACCCUUUGAACAAAUGUAUCAGUGAUGAAAAUCUGCCUUUGCCCCAGCUUUAGAACAAAAAGCCUAGACCAGGCACAAUGGCUCACGCCUAUAAUCCCAGCACUUUGGGAGGCCGAGAUGGGCGGAUCACUUGAGGUCGAGAGUUCAAGACCAGCCUGGCCAACACGGUGAAACCCCGUCUCUACUAAAC